CUUAUUCGGGGCUUCCAUCACCGUCUUCAUCGUCGUCCCCAUCUUGAUCGUCACCAUCCCUAUCGCCGCCAUCCCCGAUCUCCUUCGUCCCCAUCACAACUUCCGAGCCUGCCGCCCCCGUCUCCAUCGUCACCAAAGCGCCGCCACAGUUUUCUCCUUCGCCUCUUUUGGUCCUGAAGAUAUUGUUGGCAUGAGAUGAGUAACAUGGGUAAGGGAAUUACGGCAGUUGCGACUUCUAAGCAAUUCAGAUGGUCUAAGCAAAUGGAGCGUGUGUUUCUUGAUAUUCUAGCAGAGGAAGCUAAGAAUCCAAAUAACCCUACAUCCUCUUUUAGGUCUUCAUCCUUGACCCGAGUAGCCUCUACCAUAUCUGAAAUGUUCAAAGUGCAAUGUGAGCACAAGCAUGUGGAGAAUCACUUGAAAAUCGUGAAAGGCACUUGGACGACAAUAUGCAUGCUGCGAGAAAAGAUUGGCUUUGGGUGGGAUGACAAUAUAAAGAUGAUCACGUGUGAUCGAUCUACUUAUGAAGAAACUGUCACGAGGCACAUCCAAAAUAUGAAAUCUUAUUGAAUAAGAAGAUUGAUUACUACGAUGAGUUGGCUUUAGUUGUGGGAAGAGAUGUUUCUCUUGUCUAUCAACAAGAACCCAGUUGGAUCCUGCAUCAUUUUCUCUCUCACCUUGAGAUUUAAUGUUUACUUGGGAGGCGAGAAAUGAGGUGGCUUACAAUAUUGCUUCUUUGAUGGAGUAUUUUCUCCGAAUGGGCAAGACUGUUGGAAGUAAUGAUCCACAGAACAUACUAGUUGACAAGGACAUGAAUAUUAAACUGUGUGAGUUUGGUCUGUGUGGCCCCAUAUAGGUGAGACAAUAACUCAGAAAUAAAUUCCGGGCUAAUGCCUUAUGCUUGGUGCUUUCCUGGAGGGGUUUAUAGUUACCAAGUUCAUGAGUGUAUUAUUUUUGAUGAUCAAAAUCCCAGCAAACCAGCAGAGGGGUGCGUGCGAGGGUGACAACUAUCACAAGGAUGGAGAAAGUCUUGCCCAGUAUCAAUAACCUAAAUCAAGGAGCUUUGUAUAA